UAAAUAAUUCACAAGAAAUUAUGUCCAGAGAGAUUAGCCGCCUCAAAGACUAUGUCAUUAAACUAGAAUUUAGGGUUAAUGUACAAGAGAAACAAAUUCUUGAAUUAAAAUCUCGUUCAAUGGAAAAUAAUGUGAUAAUAAGUGGGCUCGAUGAAAAACCAAACGAAAAUCUGGCAAGCGCCGUAAGGGAUGCUUUUAUGCAGGAACUGGAUCUAGGCGUGGAAGAAAUUUAUUCGUUCCAUAUUCUCAACCUUUUUAGACUGGGAGAAAAAGACCCUACGCACAAGAGAAAAUAUCCAAGACCCAUCUGUAUCCAGUUUGGAUAUAAAACUCACAAAGACAAAGUAAUGAGUAGAGUGAGGGUCUUAAAAGAAAAGAAAUCCCAUAUCCGAUUGGCUGUCCAACAACCCGAAGAAAUACGGGAAAAAAGGAAACGUCUGUACGAUAUCCAAAAAAAGUACUCAGCCAAAAAUGUAGAAACAAAAAUAAAAGGAGACAAACUGAUUUUCACCAAAAGUGGAAACGUUUAUCGGGACAAAACAGGAACUAGACCAACAGCCGAGGAAGUCAUCUCAGGUGACCAGGUGAAGAUAACGGUAAACAAGGGCAAACACAUUGAAGACAACCAAAACCGGUUCGAGUCGCACGCCACGGCAGUGAAUUCGUACAAACAGGUCAAAGAGUCGCUGAUCGAAAUACUCAGGCUGCCAACAAUAUCCAGCGCAAGUCACAAUGUGUACGCCUACCGGUUCGCAGGCAGUGAUGGUAUGGUACAUGAGGGUUCUGAAGAUGACGGCGAGCAUGGGGCGGGGAGAACUCUGCUUAGCGCCAUGAACGACAACGGAAUCCAGAACGCGCUGAUUGUGGUCUCCAGAUGGUUCGGAAACAAAAUCGGUAUGCGUCGCUUCACCCAUAUCGUUGAUGCGGGUUUGAGCGCCGGGAAAAACACAAAUCCGACCUAGCCAACAUGUGUUGACGUUGAAUGCAAGUGCGUAAGCACUGCUACAUACAUGUACUUACAUGCGAGUUUUUCUCUUCGACAUUCCGUUCACUGAUGUAAUCAUAUUUUACGUGCUUUGGAUUUAUUAAUUAAUUCUUCAACUGAUUGAAAUUGUAUUUAUCUAUUCAUAU